CGCAGGUACAUCGGCGCGCUGGGUGCACGCGUGAUCUGCGACAAUAUCCCGGCCUUGGUCAACAAGCAGCGGCAACUGUGCCAGCGCCACCCGGAUGUCAUGCGGGCCAUCGGCCAGGGCACCGAGGAGUGGAUCGGAGAGUGCCAGCACCAGUUCAGACGUCAUCGCUGGAACUGCAGCACACUGGAACACGAUCCCACCGUCUUCGGCCGCGUCUUGCUCAGAAGCAGCCGAGAAGCGGCGUUGGUCUACGCCAUCUCCUCCGCCGGGGUGGUCUACGCGCUGACACGGGCCUGCAGCCAAGGGGAGCUGGGCAGGUGCAGCUGCGACCCACAAAAGCGAGGUGGAGACAAGGACGAGCGAGGGGAAUUCAACUGGGGCGGCUGUAGCGACCACAUCCGCUACGGGAUCAGGUUCGCCAAAGCCUUCAUCGACGCCAAAGAGAAGACGCUCCGCGACGCACGGGCGCUCAUGAACCUGCACAACAACCGCUGCGGACGAUCGGCAGUCAAGCGCUUCAUGAAGCUGGAGUGCAAAUGUCACGGCGUGAGCGGCUCGUGCGCGCUGCGGACGUGCUGGAUGGCCACGUCGGACUUCAGGAAGACCGGCGACUACCUGAAAAGGAAAUACGACGGGGCCGUCGAGGUGACCACCAACCAAGACGGGACGGGCUUCGCCGUGGCCGACCGAGCCUUUCGCAAGGCCACCGAGAACGACCUGGUCUACUUUGAGAACUCCCCCGAUUACUGCCUGCCGGACAAAUCCACAGGUUCUAUCGGCACCGCCGGGCGCUCGUGCAAUAAGACGUCGCGCAGCCCCGACGGAUGCGAAGUCAUGUGCUGCGGGCGGGGCUACGACACCAGCACAGUGGAGCAGCUCACCCAGUGCGAGUGCAAAUUCCAGUGGUGCUGCGCCGUGGAGUGCAAGGUUUGCAAGGAAACGCUGGACGUGCACACGUGCAAGGCCCCCAAGCAAGCUGACUGGUUGGACAAGACCUGA